AGAGGGAAAAAAAUAACUCACGACUUUGCAACCUGAAAAUCUCACAUUUUUCAACCUCAGAUUCUCCGCAAAUCAUCAGACCCACGACUGUUCUUUUUGUUUUGUUUUGUUUUGUUCUUGCAAGUAUGUUCUGCAAGUAAUAGCAUCCUUGAUUUGUGUGAGGUUGUGGUGCAAUCAGUUACAGAGAUGCACACCAUGUGUUCGAGAAAAUGCCUCUGAUGAUAACCCGUGUAACUUUUUCUCGUUUCUUCUUCACCUCACAAUUCACCAACAACCCAGCUAGGAAUUCUGUCCGCCUUUUCUCUUCUCGAUCUUCCCCCGCCACAAUCCAAAUCCCAAACUCAGCUCUGGUCGAUUGCCUCAUACACACCUACAAACUCACCAAAGCACAAGCCUUUGCCAUUUCUGUUCCCUUCUCAUCACUUAGAUCCCCUCAUAAGCUCCAAUCAGCUCACAAACUUCUCCUAGAACACGGCUUAUCAGAAAAACACAUACAGUCAGUGAUCCUAAGCUCACCCAAGAUCUUGUUUUCUGAUGUUGACAAGGUACUCAGACCGAAGCUCGAGGCUUUGGGGCAGUUGGGAAUCGAUGGUUAUGAUUUGGGCAAGUUCAUUUCCAAGAAUCCAACAGUCUUGGCACGUAGCUUGGAGAAAAAGUUAGUGCCUAGCAUUGAAAUUCUUAAAGACAUUUUGGGAUCUGAUGCAAAAGGCAAAGACUUCAUGAGAAUUCUCAGGAGUAGAUGGAUUUUGUGGGCAGACCCUCAAAGGUUGUUGGCCAACCGCGCCUUCUUAGAGAGUUGUGGCAUUGUUGGCCCUCAGCUCGUUUCGCUAUUGAAGAGAGAGCCUCGUGUUUGUCUUAUGCAGGAAUCCGAGCUCAGAGAGCUUGUUAGCAGGGUGUUAGACAUGGGCGUUCCGCUUGGUUCAACCAUGUUCCCCCACGCACUCCAUGCAGCUGGCGGCUUGAACAAACAGACGCUCGAGAAAAGAUUCGUGCUUCUUGGCAAUCUUGGUUUUGCCAAAGAAGAAAGCUUGGAGAUGUUUAGAAGAGCACCGCAUUUGCUUAGGACGUCCGACAAGAAGUUGGAGUUGGGAGUUGAUUUCUUCUUGAACACGGCUAAGUUCAAGAGGCUGACGUUGAUUCGAUCGCCUGCGUUGUUGAUGUUCAGCAUGGAGGGGAGGGUGAUUCCUAGGUACAAGGUUUUCGAGGUUUUGAAGACGAAAAAGCUGUUCAAGAAUGGUCCUAGUUUUCACUCUAUGUUGGUGUAUUCUGAGGCUCAGUUCUUGCAAAAGUUUGUGCUGAAGUUUGGAGAUGAUGCUGCUGAACUCUUGGCUGCUUUCAGGGGUCAUAUGUCUGAUUCAAAUUCACAUGAAGAAGAAGAAGAAGAAGAAGAAGAAGAAUCUUAGUUCAAGUUAAAGGCUUUGUCUAAGUAAACUUAGGAUUUCUCCAAUAACUUUAAGGCUUUGUGUAAGUAGAAAUUUUACAAGGGGAAAGACUAGAAACUGGAAAGAGAAACAUAUUGUUUCAAAAUUUACUUAUUUUAGUUUUCAGUACUAAAAAAUUACAUCAAACUCUCACUAAUCCUAUAAAAACACUUCUUUCAUUUAUUUUUUGGGUACAAGUAUUGUUUUUUUUUUCUUUCUAAAAUAUAAGUUUUCAUGGGAAACUAGACUAUAUAAAUAUAUAUGGGUAAAUAUUUAUUUAA